AUGAAGCUACUGCAGAAAUUCUUGAUCUUGACAACCGCGGUUGUUCUCACCGCCGGACAAAGCAUUGACGAAUGCUUGAAGCAAGAUAGCAUAUCCUGCGUGCAGAAGACACUAUACAGGACCGCUAAGGAAUUCUUCACUAAAGAUAAACUGGAGCUUGUGAACGGAGUCGGUCUCGUGAAGAGUAAUGCCGAUGCCAGAUCUGGCAAGGAACUUGCUUACGAUCAAGAGAUGGAAGCUGCUAAUGACAUCGCGGAAAGACAGAACUCUCUCGAGAAUUUCAUUAGUGAUGAAGCUGGACAGUUUUUGACCGGUCGCAGUCUUAGGAUCAAUCUUGCAUCUGCUUUCCAGAAAAUCCACGAGUCAGCACGUACUAUCAGCGAAUCUGCUCCAGCAGAAAUUCGUCAGGCUGUCGACGAGAUUGUUGAAGCUCGAGGCAAGAAGAAGGGAGGUCUGAAAGCAAUCCUGCCCCUCCUGAUUGCCGCAAAAGUGAAGCUUGGUCUUUUAGGAGCUUUCGCGUACUUGGCAAUUGGAUUCUUAGCGAAGAAGGCGAUCGAAGUGUCCUUCAUUUCUCUUCUCAUCUCUGCCUUCAUCGCUUUGAAGACACUCUGGUCAGGCAAAACUUACCAUCACGACGUCACCGCUUAUAAUAAUGGCUGGUCAGGUUCCGUCGGCGGUGGAUGGUCAGGUCCUGUCAGUGGUGGAUGGUCCAAUCCCGUAUCCGGUGGAUGGGCCAGCCCGGCCAGUGGUGGUUCUUCCGGUUGGGAAGAUCCUCAUUACGCGCACGGCCAGGCAUACUCCGGAUACCAUCACUAG